AUGGCGGCCUCGCAGCUGGCAGCCCUGGAAGGAGUGGCGUCGGCGGCCGGGGAGCCGCCCCUGACGGAGACCAGCCCGGGCUUCCUGUAUUCCGAGGGCCAGCGGCUGGCGCUCGAGGCCUUGCUGAGUGAGGGUGCCGAGGCCUUCGAGGCGUGUGUGCAGCGCGAGGAGCUGCGGCCCUUCCUGAGCCGGGCUGAGCUCCAGGGCCUGGCCGCCGCGGCUGAGGACUGGACGGCGGCCAAGCAGGAGCCCGGCAGCGCCGAGGGAGCCGUGGCCAGCGGGGACCCCCUCAGCCUGACCUACUGGCCGGGACAGUCGGAGGAGCCGGUGCCGGUGCUGCGGCUGGGCUGGCCGGAGGACUCGGGCUGGAAGGGCAUCACCCGGGCGCAGCUGUACACCCAGCCGCCGGGCGAGGGCCACCCGCCCCUCAAGGAGCUGAUGCACCAGGAAAUCCAGGCCGCCUGCAAGCUGGUGGCCGUCGUCAUGGACAUAUUCACCGACCCAGACCUGCUUUUGGACAUGGUGGAUGCUGCCACCCGCCGCUGGGUGCCCGUCUACCUGCUCCUGGACCGCCAGCAGCUGCCUGCCUUCCUGACCCUGGCCCAGCAGCUGGGGGUGAAUCCCUGGGCCACUGAGAACCUGGACAUCCGAGUCCUGCGGGGCUGCAGUUUCCAGAGCCGCCGGCGACGGCAGGUGACGGGCGGGGUGCGGGAGAAGUUCGUGCUGCUGGACGGCGAGAGGGUCAUCUCAGGGUCCUACAGCUUCACAUGGAGCGACGCACGCCUGCACCGCGGCCUGGUGACCCUGCUGACGGGCGAGAUCGCCGACGCCUUCAGCCGCGAGUUCCGGACACUGUACGCGGCCUCCUGGCCGCUCCCGCCGGCGCCCACCCCGGGCCCCUUCGUCAGCACCCUGGGGGGGCUGCAGCUGGCCCGCGGCCCGCACAGUGUGGCCCGCCGCUGCUCCGUGGCCCCCGUGUCGCCGCCGCCGCCUGACGUGUCGCCGCUGACCCAGCGCCUGGCCGCCUGCCGAGUCCUGGACAGAGGCGGGCGGGAGGCCCAGGCCGUCCCGGGGCCUGCGCUCAGCGACAUCCUGAGGAGCAUCCAGCGGGCCCGGGCCCCCAGCGGCCCUCCAGCCCGGCCCAGCCGAUCCCUGUGGGACCUGAGCCGCCUGUCCCAGCUGUCGGACUCCAGUGACGGUGACGAGCUCAAGAAGUCCUGGGGCUCCAAGGACACCCCAGCCAAGGCCCUGAUGAGGCAGCGGGGCACUGGCGGGGGGCCCAGGAGUGAGGUGGACUCCCGUCCGCUGGCCAGGCCCCAGCCCUGGGGCGGGCCCCUGCCCCUCAUCCCUGCCGGCCGCCUCUACUACCUCUCCCCGACCAGGAGGAGGUUUGGAGACGAUGCUGCACCCACAGCCCCGGAACCUAGGGGUGGCCGGCAGCCAGGCUGGGCCACCCAGGCAGGACUCAGGGGGCGACCCUGACAGAAGCCAGAGCCACCCCGGGCUGGCCCAGCCCAGGAAGGCUGGACGACAGUGCUGUGCCUCCCGCCUCAGAGUCUGGGAAGCAGGAAGGAUUUCCCCGCAAUGAUCCUAGAACUUGGGCAAGUCCCACGCCCACCCGAGACCUCAGUGUCCCGGUCUACAAAAUGGGCAGACCGUCUGGAGGAGCUGGGAUCCCAGAACAUUGCACAUCCCCCGCCCCCCCCCCCCCCGGGGCCAUGUGAGGACUUCUCUGAGGGGAGGCCUGGCGGAGGGCCCCAGGCUGGGCUGUGCGUGGGGACCCUGGGGGCGGGGUGUCCCUGGGGCCACCUGCUCAGAAGCCCGGGCAACUGAGCUGGGUUCAGGGGAGGAGGGACCUCAAUCCAGGGGGCUGAGCUGAAUGAGGAGGGACUCAGAUCGGUGGGGACACGCCUGCUGGGGGCGGCUCAGGGCCCUGGUGACGGGCUGGGCAGGUGCUGGGACAGUUUUAUGGGCGCCGAGGGGUUAGUUGUUGGGGCUCCCUUUGACCUCUGCCCAGAAUAAACCUGCCUCCUGCCCACAACUUGCAUUCUCCGCAGCCUAGUGGGGGACCCCGGGGUCCCGGCCACUCCUCCCUCAGAUC